AUGGCACCACGCACAAAGCCAAAAGUUCACCAUCGGAAGAAAUUCGCGGGUCGACGUCAUGGAAGAGCCCACAAGCGCUCUUCAGACCUCACUUCCCCGCCAAAAACCACCGGCUCACGCCGCAAGCCCCCCAGAUCCAAGGCCCCCGCGGGGUCUGGCAUCCUCCCUGAUUCCAAUGACCCAUUAGAAGAAAACAUAUUUGAGCGUGCCGCCAUGCCAGAAGACUAUGUGUUUGUCCCCAAGGGCAAUGUGUACAUUACCAGACACUGCCGAACCGAUACCAAGACAUCCAAUCGGGUAGUCUAUCUUGUCUACGACAAAGCUGCCAAGCGAACCCUGGGCAUUAGAGUCCCAGAUGAGAUCCACAAAAACGUAUCUAAGCGGGCAACCUUAACGGCAGAAAAACGCGCCAGCGCUGUCCAAGUCCGCGAUGAAACCUUCAUCAUGCGCGGCCGGGCACUACUCUACAAUGAGUUUCCAUUGAUGCCCCAUGAGACACUUGAAACAAUCCUGAACCAUGCGUUCCUUAAAGGGUCUGGGCGGGUAGGACGUACCUCAACUACGACAGAAAAACGCAAGGCUACUCUCGCCGUUGAAGCUCACAUCCGGCAUAAGCAUACGAAUUACGAAACGCUGCUUGCGUCUGGAGUGGAAAGAUGCGAGGCACGAGAGAGGGUAUGGCAGAAUGUCAAAGUAAUCAGGAAGGCUUGGGAAGGAAGUAAGGAACUGAAAAAAAUUGAGACGGUUUUGCGCCCGGCACAUACUGAUGGCGAUGAUGAUGUUGAUGAUGUUCCAUGCAUUGUUGUGUCUGACGAUGAUGAUGUUAUUGUGCUGGAUUAA